UAGAACAUGUGUUUUUCUAAAACAUAUCCGAGAUCGGACCUCGAUCCAUCCUGCGCGCUAAAGCCGCUUCAGCGCGCGCUGCAACCGUGCGCCUAUUGAAUAUGUCCCAGUGGGCUUGAUUCGGAGAGGAGCCAAUACAAGCGGAGGGGAGGCGUGUCUUAGUUCUUCCCCAAGACCUCCCAGAGCAGGUUGUUGCGUUUUGGCUCUAAAGCUUGGAGACCUCCGAAGUGCUCGUCAGUUUUCGAAGUUGGAGCCAUGGCGACAACAGCUCAGUAUAUUCCGAGGAAUAACUCCUUACCGUCCAACCCGCUCAUGCAUCCGGAUUCGGACAGGAUGCACCAGGGGACGACUUACAGAGAAGUGCAGAAAAUGAUGCACCACGAGUACUUGCAGGGGCUCGCGGCAACUAACACAGGACACCCGAUGAGCCUGACGCACCACCAGUGGCUGCCCACCUCCAACACCGACUGGUCCAGCGGUACCCACAUCGGGCAGCAGGAGCACAAAGCCAGUGUGCAGGCGAGCAGGGAGGACCUGAGCAGCGGUUUCCACCACAGAUCUCACCUGGUGCACCAGCAGACGCAGAGCGCGCACCAUGGGUCUUGGGCGCCUUCCACGACGCACCACUUAUCCCCGUUGUCCCCCGCAUCCAACGGUCACCAGUCUCUGGUGUACUCCCAGCCUGGAUACACAAACCUCAACGCGAUGCUGAGUCCCCAACCCGGCGCCCUCCACCAUGGCAUGCGGGACCCGCUGCAUGACGACACGGGUAGCCACGACAACCAGAUGGAGUCCCCACAGCAGGCUUUCAGCCACCACCAGGACCACUCGGACGAGGACGCGCCCAGCUCUGACGACCUGGAGCAGUUCGCCAAGCAGUUCAAGCAGCGGCGGAUCAAACUGGGCUUUACACAGGCGGACGUGGGCUUGGCCUUGGGCACCUUGUAUGGAAACGUCUUUUCUCAGACCACAAUCUGCAGGUUUGAGGCGCUGCAGCUCAGCUUCAAGAACAUGUGCAAACUUAAGCCGCUCCUUAACAAGUGGCUGGAGGAGACAGACUCAAACACAGGCAGUCCCACCAAUUUGGACAAAAUUGCUGCGCAGGGCAGGAAACGAAAGAAGAGGACCUCCAUUGAAGUGGGGGUGAAAGGGGCGCUGGAAAACCAUUUCUUAAAAUGCCCAAAGCCAUCUGCUCAUGAAAUCAGCACUUUAGCCGGCACUCUGCAGCUGGAAAAAGAGGUAGUCCGCGUUUGGUUUUGCAACAGAAGACAAAAAGAAAAAAGAAUGACACCAGUGGGGGUCCCUCAUCCGAAUAUGGAGGACGUAUAUUCCCAAGCAGAGACCCCUCCUCUACACCGCUCACUACAGAGUCCGGUGCAGUGACUGUUUUCAUGAACAAUCCUAUUAUUUCUGCGGGGUGGGGUAGAAGGGUAACUGUGGAGUUUAUAGUAUUUACGUUUGGCUUCAGUUGUCCUGAGGGAUAAGAGAAGUGGAAAAGUUUAACGAAUAAGUUUUGCCUUUUAGUCUUUGGAUAUCAUUGUAGAUGACAGACAGAAACAGGUUAAAAAUACAAAAAAGAAGAAAAAGAAAAAAGAAAAGAAAAAGGAUUUUGCUGAUUCCGUGCGCAUUUGGAGUCAAGCAAAGAUCUUUAUAUACCAAAAGUGUAUGGAUGAGCCGAGCAUUUAGAUUAAAUUCCAAAUGUGGAACAGUUUUAUGAAAAGUGGCAGCUGAGCCCAUGUCCUGCUGAUGUACCAUGAACUGUUGGCGCUCACCAGAAAGAGGUAGCUGUCUUAAAACACACUGGAGAUAAAUACUGAAAGAACAUUUGUUUUCCAGGCUUAAACUGAUUAACCAGAUUUCUGAAUAUGAGUGUAUACUUUCUUUGCUCUAUAAUUGUUGUCGUUUCGGUUUCGGGAAUACUUUAACUUCAGUGUGUCUCUCCGCCAAGUGUCUUUGAUUUGGUUUAAUGCUCCGCAAGUACUGUAACUCAUCAGAGCAGCCUCUUCUUGUUUUCUUUUUUUGUUAACGCAAAGAGAGUGGACGGUAAGGACGUGAUCAAAACAACAACAUAAACGCUCCCAAAAUGUCCCAAGCGCGUUGGAAACAUCCCAUUGCAGCAGGGCGUAAGAGAUAUGGCUGCAUGCCUUAAAAAUAUUUCCUGGUGUUGCAGCUGAUUAUGACGAAAUUUGCGGAAGAGCAACUCUGGACAGGCAUUUUCAUGUUUUCUUUGAUGGGGUUGAUUGUUGUCAGUUUGUUUCUUUACAUGAAGCACUUAUAUUUUCGUUUGUUUUUUUAAUUAUUACUAUUAUUGCCGUUGUUUUUGUCUGUUGACGAAAUUGUGAGUGGAGCUGUUCUGAUUAGGUUUGGACACAAAAGCGCAAAAAUCCCAUGUUUCCAUGCAGGCUGCUCGAGAGCGCUGUCAGCUCACACUGUUACCUGCCUGUUAAUCUGUUGGAUCCUAACAUUUCAAGAAAGAUUGGUCUAAAGAAAAAUAAGAAUUACUCAGGUAACUAUGUGCCCCGUGUCAACAGUUUACGCACGUACACGAUGUGCGUAACCCUGUGCUUUUUUAAAAUGUUUGCCAUCAACAAAUACACGAUUUCCUUUGUUACGUGGAUUCACUGUACUAUAUCAAACCGCUGGAGUCACAAAAAAACAAAACAGUUGGUCGAGGGUAACGGAUGAAGGGAUUUACUUUAGAAAUAUUUAUUAUUAUUAUUAUGUUUUAUGUUUCAGUCUGUAGGGAAAAUCUGAAAAUCUCGAGUCAUUUCUGUGUAAAAGCCCACAACAGUGCUAUUCAAAACACGAGGGAAACUUUUCCAAUAAAAAUAAGAAUAAUUGAAAAAAAAAGAUUUUAGAGAAAAUGUUGCCAGGAUUAUUUCCAGUCUGUAAAUAUGUCUAAUAUGUACACUUGUAUUUGUUCUGAUAUAUUGUUUUGUUUUUGUUUCUUUUCGGGCAGUUUUGUACACUUACUAAUUCCAAGAAGAUAUUUUAAUAUGAUUUCAUUUAUGAAUCUGACCGUUUAUAAAUAUAUAUAUAUAUAUAUAUUUAUUUCCUAAAAGUGUUUGGAGCUUUUUGUUUAGCUCUGUCAAUGGUUAUGUUGCAGUGGAUUUCAUGUUUUUCUUUCCUUUUGUUUACUACAUUGUUUGUUUGUUGAUUGCUAAAUGUAGACUGCAAAGUCACAUUUAUAUUUAUGUUAUAGUAAUAUUUUAUUACUUACAUAAAACAUAUAUACAGAACCGGUCUUUUGUCUUCAUUAAGAUCCCCGGUGUUGUGUUCCAGCAGCAGAGAGCUGCAGAUCAGAGCUGAGCACCUGGACGCACGAGAGCGCACCGAGGGUUCCUUUGGAUUUGCAGCAAAUCGUUAUGUAACAGGGGAUCGUUUAAAAGCAGAGGCUGUGUGCAUGAACUGACAGCAGUAUUCCACCUCAGGCGUUCCCUGCUAACUUUACACUCUGUGACACUCUUCGCAUUUUUGUGUAACCGCAGCAUUAAAUUGUGCAAUCCUAA